GCUUGAAAUUUCCACUAACCUUCUUGCCAAUGGCAAGUGGAAAUUAUGGUGGAGGCGAUUGUGUCCCCCAGGGCCAUCUUGUUGAGCAGGCUCGGAGCUCAGGCUGGAUCUGUCAUUGGCACUGGGAGCCGUCAGACUGCUCAAUAGCUGAGCACAGUGAAAGCAAAGCAAGGAGUGUGUGCUGUGCUCUCUGCCUCCCCCUAGAGUGCUGUUCCUGGAUCUGUGAGUGAACAACAAAGUACUGCAACUUUUUAUGGGGGGGAUAUGUGUGUGUAUGUGUACAUGUUUGAGUGUGUCUGUGUAUGCAUGUACAAUUGUACAUGUACAUGUGUGUAUCUGUACAUGUGUCUGUGUGUAUGUACAUGUGUUUGUGUGUUUGUACAUGUGUCUGUGUGUGUGCAUGUACAUGUGUGUGCGUGUUUGUGUGUCUGUGCAUGUGUAUUUCUGUGUAUGUACAUGUAUCUGUGUGUAUACAUGUGUCUGUAUGUAUGUGCGUGUGUACAGGUGUCUCUGUGUGUUUGUUGGACCUGUUUUCUAUUACUCGCUGUAAAUAU